AUGGCAAUCUCCAACUCCAGCCAUACUCUCUCCUCCACAUUCAUUCCUGGUUAUGAAGAAUAUCACCACUGGAUUUCCAUCCCAUUCUGUUUCUUCUACUUUGUUGGAAUAAUGGGAAACUGCACCAUCUUGCAUGUUGUCCGGACAGACCCCAGGCUCCACGAGCCCAUGUACUACUUCUUGGCUAUGCUUUCCCUCACUGACAUGGGCAUGUCCUUACCCACAAUGAUAACACUUUUUAGAGUGUUGUGGUCCAUUUCCAGGGAGAUCCAGUUCAAUAUCUGUGUGGUUCAAAUGUUUUUCAUUCAUACGUUCUCCUUUACUGAAUCAUCAGUGCUCUUGGCCAUGGCUCUUGACCGGUAUGUGGCUAUCUGCCACCCUCUGCGAUAUGCUACCAUUCUCACUCCAAAACUGAUUGCUAAGAUUGGAAUCACAGCUCUGCUCAGGAGUGCUAUUCCAUUAAUUCCACUCAUGAUCCGUCUGACCUUUUUCUCCUUCUGCCGCUCUCACAUCCUUUCUCAUUCAUACUGUCUUCACCAGGACAUAAUCCGCCUUGCCUGUGCUGACACCAAGUUUAAUGUCAUCUAUGGUUUAGUUGUCAUUAUUAUGAUAUGGGGCAUAGACUGUCUGGGUAUUUUUGUAUCUUAUGUUUUCAUCCUUCACUCUGUAUUAAGAAUUGCAUCCCAUGAGGGGAGGCUUAAGGCUCUUAAUACGUGUGCAUCUCACAUCUGUGCUGUACUUAUUCUGUAUGUGCCUAUGAUAGGGCUCUCAAUUGUCCAUCGUUUUGCCAAACACUCUUCUCCAUUCCUCUAUGUCUUCAUGGCUCAUAUCUACCUAUUGGUUCCCCCAGUGCUCAACCCAAUCAUCUACAGUGUGAAGACCAAACAGAUUCAUCAAGGAAUCCUGCACCUAUUUUUCCCCAAGAAAAUUCAUUCGGCUGUGAUGUAG